GACACAUUUGAAGAUGCGGCCGAUGCCCAGGACGAGGCGCCGGGACAGCCUGCCUCACCACCGCUGGCCACGAGAUCUCUCAUUGAACGUCAGCCGUCAUCCUCGUCAACCACAACACCAGCCGAUCGAAAUUCAUUAGACUCGUACAAGGACUCCGAAUCGACCGAGACCGGACAUAAGCCCACAGAAGAAUCAGAAGCUGAUGAAUCAGAAGUUCAAAAGGGCGCACAAAAGUCCCCAAAUCUUACCUCUCACCGAAUCUCGGUUAGUUCGCUGGACGAUGUUAACCUAGAGGGUGGCGAUCCUGGACCGGUUAUACAUGAAGCUGCAAGAGUCAACGCGACGCCGAAAUCAAAUGGAGCGCCACCUGCUCCGCCGCCAAAGCUCCCGACCCGGGAACCGUCCGCUUCGUCCCAGAAAUCGCAUGGUCUUUCCGGCCCUCUCCCUUCUGUUCCAUGGGGCCCGCCUCCCGUCCCAGAGAAGACAACAGCUCCCCCGCCACCACCUCCUACGAGAAAACUCACCGGUCCGUUUGCCUGGCUGUCGAGAAACACUAGCGCGCCUGCCAAGGAAGUCUCAUCACCACCGACGCAAGCUGUUCGACGGAAUACAGCUUCUUCCCUUGCUACAUUGGGCAGCAACCCCGAACUGACGUUAAGCCGAAUCGACGAUGGCCAUGAGUCGGACGCAAGCUCCGCAAGGCGGCCAGGGCGUAAUAGUCUUCGAGACCGUUUCAAAUUUUUACGAAUGCGGGAGGAAGCCGGCAUCACCUCCCUGGAGGAAGAAACAAUCGAGUCCCCGAAUAACCAGGGUGGAGCGCUUGCCGGCUUAAUUGGCCGUUCUGCCAGUGUCGGGCUAGGAAUUGGAAGCCCAACUAGUCUGGCCGAUGAGAAGGAAGGCGGCCUUGCGCGGUCUCCAGGCCCCUCACCAAUGCCCAAUGUGCCUUCUGUCAACACCAAUCUGGCACCCGGAACCGUCUCCGGCGUCUCAGCGGGGCCUUCUGCCAUGACCGACCCUGCUGCGCCCGUGGAUUGGGAUCUCUGGCAAAGCGUAGUCUACGAAGGCCCAGCGGCCGUUGCGCGAUCGAGCGCGGAUGAACUCAGCCGGGCCAUUGCUAGUGGCAUUCCCAGCGCACUGCGUGGUGUGAUUUGGCAGGUGUUGGCUCAGAGCAAAAAUGAAGAGCUCGAGGGUGUCUAUCGGGAUCUUGUCAUACGAGGAACGGAUAAAGAAAAGGCAUUGGAAAAGCGGAAAGGCUCACAGCCUACUCCCAACUCCACAUCAUGGAACGCAGACUCGGAAGGUUCAAGUCCGCAGACGGCUGGCACCGGAAAAGAAAAGGAGUCACUGGCAUCGUCGGCAUCGUCCAUGCACUCGGAAACUUCGACGCCAGCCACGACAGCUUCCAAUGGCCUUGUAUCUCCGCCGCCGACUCACGAGAAGGAUCCGGACGCUUUGGCGAAGGACGAAGCCCGGAGGAAACAACGAGCAAAAGAAGAUGCAGCAGCCUUGCAGAAGCUGGAGAAGACCAUCAAGCGCGACCUGGGCUCUCGCACCAGCUUCUCAAAGUAUGCUAUGAGUGCUGGGUUGCAGGAUGGACUCUUUGGGGUGUGUAAAGCUUACGCCUUGUUUGAUGAUGAAGUCGGCUACGCCCAAGGAAUGAACUUUUUGGCCAUGCCACUUCUGUUUAACAUGCCCGAAGAGGAAGCAUUUUGUCUUUUGGUUCGUCUGAUGAAUCAGUACCGUUUACGCGACAUGUUCGUCCACGAUAUGCCGGGUUUGCAUCUCCAUCUCUACCAAUUUGAGCGACUUUUGGAGGAUUUGGAACCAGCGCUAUACUGUCAUCUCCACCGUCGAGGCGUCAACCCAGAACUCUAUGCGACUCAGUGGUUCCUUACUUUGUUUGCUUAUAGAUUUCCUUUGCAACUCGUGCUCCGCGUGUACGACUUGGUGCUGAGUGAAGGCCUCGAAGGCGCCAUCCUCAAGUUUGGUAUCGCAUUGAUGCAAAAGAAUGCAGAGGCCCUGCUAGGAAUGAAUGACAUGGUCGCUCUGUCAUCGUUUCUCAAGGAGAAGAUCUUUGACGUGUACAUUGACAAGGCCCCAUCGCCUAGCUCGAUACUCGAAUCUGGCUUUUUCGGCAGCUCUGGAGGUGCCGAUAAGGAGGUCUAUCGCGCUGAUGUUCUGGUCCGAGACGCUUGCGCCGUCAAGGUCACGCCUGAAAUGCUCAAGACGUACACGCAUGAGUGGGAAGAGAAGGUUCGCUCCGAAAAGGAACGCGAGGCAGAGCUUGAGUCGCUCAAGUCGAGCAAUAUCCAAUUAUCGCACAAGGUGCGAUCACUCGAGGAGCGGACCGAAAAGUUUGACACGGAACAUGUCCAAGUGGCGUCGGAACUGGUGCGUACCAAGGUUGAGAAGGAGGAGCUCAAGGACGAGAAUGAAGCGCUGCGAAACGAGAUUGAAGAGCUCAAGGCCCUGGUUGAGCGUCAGCCGGCGGAGGUUGAGCAACGACUCAAGGAGGAGAUGGAUCGACUCAUGCAACGCAACCUCGAGGUUCACAAUGAGAACCAGUCACUCGAAGAACAAAUGUCGGAAAUGGAAAAGGACUUGGUAGAUACAAAAGUGCAAUUUGCAGAGUUAAACUCGAAUCAUGAAACACUAAAGCAAAAGUGGAGUGACCUGCGAAAGGUUCUCGACGAUUAG